UUUUCUCUUUUCUCGCGCGUGUGCGCAUCAACGGCAAUCAAGGGAUUAUUAACUGAUUGCUCGUCGAGCUGCGGCUCAGGGACACUUUUUGCCGUGCAAUCUUCCGUUCGUCGUCGUCGAGACUUAGCUCGCCCAUCCAUCGCAGGCGCAUAUAAAAGGACCGUAGUGGAACGCGAUCCGGAGCAGUGUGUAGCACGACGUAUGUCCGGUCUCGUGCCUCUCGACGUUCCUCCCCGAGUGAUCGAUCUGGCGUAACGCGUUAUACGUACGUAAAUAUACGUACAGAGCCGUUCCCUCACACGAGCGACAGCACACCGUGAGAUCAUCACCGUGAGUUCUCGGUUCGCUGGCAACGCUAUAAAAGAUGUCGCAGCCGGAACAAGGUGGCAGUGCGCAGUACGACAAAGACAUGUCGACGUCAAAGAGUAGCUCGAUGCUGCGCCUGAAUCAGGAGGGCCGUCGCGGCUCCGCCGAUUGGCAGGACCAGGGCGACAGCGACUCGGAAGUCAGCGAGAACGAUUUCCUCACCAAGGGCGCCUUCCUGCUCACCCCGAGCCACGAGCUGAGCAUGGAGAAGGCCGCCACCAUCUGCGAGAAGAUGAACUUCCGAGGCGCAUUUUCGUUGACGAAAACCGCCACCGGUAUUCUCUUCAAGUUCAGCAACAUCGAGGACUUUCAGGCCGUGUAUAAAAAGGGUUUUCACAAAGUGACAGGUGCACGUUUCUACAAAAAGGUCGCUAUACCGUGUAGACCGGCAAAGAUCUUCACCGUCUAUGUUCUUGAUGUGCCCGAGGAAUUGCCGGAGGACGAUAUUAGACACGCUCUCUACAAAUAUCGAUCUAUCGUCGAAGUAACCAGGCUACCCCUGAAUACGGGAACUGUUUUGAAGGCCAUCAAUGACAAGCUAAAGAGCGACGCGCAGAAUCUCAACGAGCCGGCGACGAUUUAUACGGGGCCACCCGUUAUAAGGGUUACCCUGGCCAACGUGGAGGAGACCUCGAUGCUGCUGAGCCGUGGUUUGGAUUUUUAUGGGGCCACAUAUUUUCCCACCGAAACGCCCCAUCCAGCCGCUCAGCCCCUCGCCAAAUACAAAAACAACAGAUGGAUCGAGCUGGCGUCGAUCGGCGCGGGACAAAGAGUGAGGGACCUACUUCCGGUCUUUGACAACGCAGGCUUCAACAAAUUGCCACCUCCGGCGAGCCGUGUAAUAAAACCGCAAAGAAACUGACACGUUCCCCCUUCCCCCCUUCCCGGCUGACACCCCGAAUUCUUCGACGGCCGCCACCGCCACCGCCGCCACCGCGAUCGAUAGUGGCGGCGAAUCGAGGGAGGACGCCAUCGCGAGAACGACGCUACGACCUGAGGAUGACGACGCCAACGCAGGCUAGCUCGAUCGAAAUUCAGAAAAGGACACCAGGAUUCGAUUCGAGCGAUUUUUUAAUCCCACGUCGAUCGCAACGUUCAAGAGACCAAGCCAUUCGUGCAUUUAGAGAUAAUGAGGUAAAGUAUAAGGAAAAAUAGAUUUCUCGAAUAUCGAAUGGAUAAUCAAAUAAAAUUUUCAUUUUCUAUAGAGAUACCUUAAACUAUUAAUAGCUAUUAGAGAAUUUGAUUAUCGUUGAUAUCUCUCGUCUCAUUUUUGCAAGUCCUCUAUAAUCGAUACAAAUUUUCGGAUCAAAAAUUUUUGGGUCAAAAGUAAAAAUUUUUACUUUCAUUUUACUCGAGAGAAAAAAAGAAUUUUUAUAUUUACAUCCCUCGCUUAUAAAAAAAAUAAGAUAAAAUUUGAGAUAUUUCUUUCAAAUAUAUAUUCUCUAAUAAUAUCUUAUCUUAAUCAGAUUCGUUGACAAGAACAGAUAAGAAAAUUAAUUAAUCUUCCUAAUUACAUAAUUUCAAAAAUAAAUUAUCUUUAAAGAGAUUAAUUUAACUCUGUAAUUGAUACUAUUCGGAGUUAUAUAUAAAAAAAAAAAAAAUCUAGUUAAAACAAAGUACAGCUAUAUACCUCUCAGAUGCAUGUGCGACCGAUGGAGGGUCAAGCGUAAUGCGCAAAGAGAAGCUGAAUUAUACGCUCGCGAAUCGUAGAGCCAUUUCUGAGCAUGCACACGCGUAAGAUACAUCGUACCGUUUCGCAGGUCGACGUGAUUCCUCCUCCUCCCUCCACACACACACACACA